CUUGACUCCACCCUCUUCACGGAGAGCUGGAUCAAACAAUUCAGGAACACGCCUCUUGACGGAGGCGGCGAGGUAGGCAAUGGACGGAAGCCACCACGCCGGCCAAGGGCAACCGCAGCAUCAGUACCAGCAGUACCCGCCGCCGCAUCCGCACCCGGAUCCCUACCCGUACCCUUACCAGUACCAGCAGUACCCGCCGCCGGCCGCCGCUCCUCCCCCCCACUACCUCGCGCCGUCGCCAUCCUUCCCGGCCUACUCCCCCGCGCCGCCGCCGCAGCAGUUCGCGCACCACUCCGGCCCGCUCCAGCCCUACCCGCCGCCACCGGAAUCGCACCAGCAGCAAGCCUACCCUCCGCAUCCGCACCCGUCUACCACGGCGUACGGCUACGACCCCUACCCGGCGCACCCCGCCUACCCGAGCCCGGGGCUCUCGCCUAGCUCCAGCUUCAACCAGCCGCCCCACGCCUCCUACACGACCCCAGGCCUCUCCCCAAGCACCAGCUUCCACCAGCCACCCCCCCACCCCUCGGCCCCCGAGUCCCCCGCCGCGUCCGCGCCGCACUACCCUCUCGCCGACGUGCUGGCCAGCAUGCGCCUCUCCAACCGCUACGACUACUCACCAGUCACCACACCGCCCCCCGCGGUGCUGCCGCCCUCCGCCUCCUUCUCAAGCACCAGCGGCAGCACGCACCCCGGGAUGCAGAUGGUGCCGUACGGGGCAGCCGCGUCGCAGCACGGCAGCGUGCGGCCGUCGCUCAAGGUGGUGCUGCUGCACGGCAGCCUCGACAUCUGGGUGCACGAGGCCAAGAACCUGCCCAACAAGGACAUGUUCUCCAAGAGGGUCAGCGACCUCCUCGGCGCGCGCAUCACCAGCUCCAUCAGCGGCAAGGCCUCCAGCGGCUCCCUCACCAGCGACCCCUACGUCACCGUCCAGGUCUCCUCCUACGCCACCGUCGCACGCACCUACGUCGUCUCCAACUGCGAGAACCCCGUCUGGAAGCAGAACUUCCUCGUGCCCGUCGCCCACGAGACGGCCGAGGUCGAGUUCGUCGUCAAGGACAGCGACAUCUUCGGCGCGCAGCUCAUGGGGUCCGUCUCCAUCCCGGCCGAGAGUCUCCUUAACGGGGAGGUGAUCGAGGGCGUCUUCCCUGUGCUCGAGCCCAAUGGCAAGCCGUGCGCUCGAGGCGCUGUAUUGAAGCUCUCUAUCCAGUACAUUCCGGUGGCUCGCCUCACAAUGUACCACCGUGGUGUCGUUGCUGGGCCCGACUGCCAGUGCCUUGGAGUGCCCAACACCUACUUUCCGCUGCAGCGUGGCAUGAAGGUCACUCUGUAUCAGGAUGCGCAUGUGCCUGAGGGUUCUCUCCCAGAUAUCUGGCUCGAUCAUGGAUUGCGCUACCAGCAUGGCCAAUGCUGGCGUGACAUGUACACUGCCAUAAGCCAGGCACGGCGCUUGAUUUACAUUGUGGGAUGGUCAGUCUUCCACACCAUCCACCUCAUAAGAGAUGGACCUGACAAAGUGCCAUCGCUUGGGGAGCUGUUGAAGAUGAAGUCACAGGAAGGUGUUAGGGUAUUGCUUCUUGUAUGGGAUGAUCCAACGUCAACCAGUAUUCUAGGCUAUAAGACGGAUGGAUUAAUGGGCACACAAGACGAGGUAACACGCCGGUUUUUCAAGCACUCUUCAGUUCAAGUAUUGCUUUGCCCGAGAUCGGCUGGGAAACGCCACAGCUGGGUGAAACAGCAGGAAACAGGAAGCAUUUAUACUCAUCAUCAGAAAACAGUUAUUGUGGAUGCUGAUGCCGGCAAUUAUAGGAGAAAAAUAAUUGCGUUUGUUGGAGGUCUUGAUUUGUGUGGUGGCCGCUAUGAUACACCUAGGCAUUCUCUGUUUCAGACUCUUGAAACAUCGCACAAGGAGGAUUAUUACAAUCCAAACUUUGCUACAGUUGAUGGCCGUGGCCCAAGGGAACCAUGGCAUGACUUGCACUCCAGGAUUGAUGGUCCAGCAGCUUAUGAUGUUCUGCAGAACUUUGAGGAGCGUUGGUUGAAGGCAUCCAAACGCCAUGGGAUUAAAAAGUUGGGAAAAUCAAAUGAUGAUGCACUUCUCAGGAUUGAGAGAAUACCCGAUAUUAUAAACAUUAAUGAUGCAAUAUAUUUUAGCGACAAUGACCCAGAGACAUGGCAUGUUCAGGUUUUUCGGUCUAUUGAUUCAAACUCUGCCAAAGGAUUUCCAAAGGAUCCACAAAAAGCAACCAUGAAGAAUCUUGUUUGCGGGAAGAAUGUACUAAUCGAUAUGAGCAUACAUACUGCUUAUGUGAAUGCGAUCAGGGCAGCCCAACACUUUAUCUAUAUUGAGAAUCAGUACUUCAUAGGUUCUUCAUUUAAUUGGGAUUCGAACAAAGAUAUUGGGGCUAACAAUUUGGUUCCAAUUGAAAUUGCUCUCAAAAUUGCAAACAAGAUUAAGGCAAAUGAGAGAUUUUCUGCAUACAUAGUAGUUCCUAUGUGGCCCGAGGGUAAUCCAACUGGAGCUCCUACACAGAGAAUUCUUUAUUGGCAGAACAAAACAAUGCAAAUGAUGUAUGAGACAAUAUAUAGGGCCUUGAAAGAAGUAGGCCUGGAUGAGAUAUAUGAGCCUCAAGAUUAUUUGAACUUCUUUUGCCUUGGAAAUCGUGAAGUUGAUGACAACCCUAGCACUCCAAGUACUGGAAAUACUCCUCAGGAACAAGCUAGGAAAAAUAGGAGAUUCAUGGUUUAUGUACAUUCAAAAGGCAUGAUUGUAGAUGAUGAAUACGUGAUCAUUGGAUCAGCCAAUAUCAACCAGAGGUCCAUGGAAGGGAUCAGAGAUACCGAGAUUGCAAUGGGGGCAUAUCAACCUCAAUAUACAUGGGCAAAUAAGAUUUCUGCCCCCCGUGGACAGAUUUAUGGCUACAGAAUGUCCCUCUGGGCUGAGCACAUUGGAGUUAUCGAGGAAGACUUUAACUAUCCAGAGAGCCUAGAAUGCAUGAGGAGGGUUCGUCGUCUUGGGGAACAUAACUGGGAGCAGUUCACUUCCAAUGACGUGAAUGAGAUGAGAGGCCACCUCAUGAAGUACCCUGUAAGUGUUGACCGUAAAGGCAAGGUGAAACCCUUGUCAGGAUGCCCGACAUUCCCAGACAUGGGCGGAAACAUUUGUGGCUCGUUUACGGCCAUCCAAGAAAACCUUACAAUUUGAAUUCUGGUUAUGCGUAUGCAAUUGUUAGGAAUUUUCUUUUUUGGAAACACUUUCUGGGUAGUGUUGACAGCAAAGAUGGCCAGAUAGCACAUUCUGAUUCCUGGUAGCGUAGAUAGGGAGAGUACUCAAGCCAAUGUAAAGGUAGCAGCCAAGUAGGGCCUGAAGAAAAUAUUUCUUUGCCGCAUCAUUGUGGCUUCGUUUAUUCCUACCUUAACCAGCCAUAUUCCUUUUACAUGUCUAUUUGGUCUCUGUAUAGAUAAAGAUAUUUACAUGCUGAUACCUCUCAAGGGAACAUUGAGUUUCUAGCGUGUAAGAUGCAAGUUCAAGAAACUAAGUUUCCUGUGUACAACUGUAAUAUGUAUGGUACAGAGUAUUGUGGAGCAAUGUUGGGCAUUGGUUUGGUGAUUUUCA